CGUUCCCACGAUGCGCUCCACCAUGAUCCUCCGCCUGGCAGUGACCUUCCUCUUCUCCCUCGCAGCCGCGGUCUCCUCGGAAUCGCGAAGUGUCGACGUAUUCGCAUGGCCCAUCGAGGGCUCCAAACCGCAAACACUCGCGCAAGUCAGCUACACCUCGACCAACGCCUCCGUGAAGAGCUACAAUGCACCCGCAUUCACAUCACAAGACGACAUCGUCCGCGUAGGCUUCUACCAUGCAUCGGGAUCAUGGUCAGGAAUUGCAACAUCUGCCUCCAACUUCGCCGCCGACAUCCCAAAAACACUGCAACUACACGUCGGACCAGAUGGAGAAUUAUAUCACAUUGGAUUCAAGACAGCGCCGGGAGUGAGUCAAGGGAAGGGCGCAGGCAAGAGUGACCUCACAGUAGAGGUGGUGCCGAUGAAGAAGGGACCAGUUCCAGCUUUGAACAAACCCGUCGUGCUGAGCGCCGACGGCAAAGAGGAAGGCAAGGAGCCGGAGAAGACGUUCUUGCAAAAGUAUUGGUGGGCCAUUGCACUAUUCUUGGUGUUCCAGCUGGUCGUGGGUGGAACGAAGGGGGAGUAG